UCCCGCCCAUGCACGUAAAAGACGUUACGUCGGGAGCGGCGAGAGCGGUUUCCCUCUUUUACCGGCUCAUGGCCGGUCGAUCGCUGCCCGUUCUCCCAGGGGGAAGGGUUGCGGGGAGUGAAUUUGGCCAAGAAGGCCCCCAAGUGCCCCUGGAGGGUGCUGUGGGGACACGGGCUGGCGCCUCAGAAGGUGGAUUGAGAGGAGGCGGGGGCCGGACGGGGAGCAUUGUCGUCAGCCCUCGACAGCGAGGGAACCCUGUCCUCAAGUUCAUCCGUAACGUCCCCUGGGAGUUCGGGGAGGUGAAUGCGGACUACGUCCUGGGACCCUGCACGUGUGCCCUCUAUCUCAGUGUGCGUUACCACUGUCUAAAACCGGAUUAUAUUCACCACCGUCUCCGUCUACUCGGGAAGGACUUCACUCUACGCCUUUUGCUGGUGCAUGUCGACACGAAAAACCCCCAUGAUAUCCUCAAGGAGCUGGCACGCAUCAGUAUCCUGGCUGACUGCACCCUGAUUCUGGCCUGGAGCGCUGAAGAGGCAGGACGAUAUCUGGAGAGUUAUAAAGUGUAUGAGAACAAACCAGCCGACAUUCUGAAGGAGAGAGUGGAGCAAGACUUUCUCUCUAAGAUCACCGACUGCCUCACCACUGUCAAGUCUGUGAACCGGACUGAUUGCAUCACUCUCAUCAGCACGUUUAAGACUCUCUCAGGGAUUAUUGAGGCCCCUACAGAGGAGCUGUCCCUCUGCCCUGGUCUAGGUCCCCAGAAGGCUCAGAGAAUCCACGAUCUCCUCCGGGAGCCAUUCCUCCGGGACCAACGGACACAAGACAGAACGAGCGAAAUCUGAGAAUGCUGUCCCCAUGGCGGAUCAUGGCACGAGUCUGGGAAAGGCUGGAAAUCUCUCAGUGAUGUUUGGGGGGG